AUGGCCGUUUUGUGGCUGAUGGCCCGCCUGCGCUGGUCAGUGCGGUAUCACCUCAUUCUCGGUGAGAUCUCGGUCUGCAGCUUCGGUCUGACAUCUCCUUCGCAGUACACCGAGGCAGACGUUGACAAGGGCCACCAAACAUUCAAUGGAGACAGAAGACAAAUCCAUCCAACCACACCUCACCAGCAAGGGGAGACCCGCCUUUCGGACCCUGAUGAUGAUGAUUGUUUGCCGCCUGCGAAAAAGGAUCCCUGCCUGUCGGUAAGUGGCGGUGGUUCUUCUUUCGCAGCGAUACCCGCUCAAAAAAUGCAGGUAAACAAAGAGGGUACAGAGGAAGCCAGCAAUCAGCAGACGCACGAGAUGCAGAAGCGAGGACUUCAUGCCAGGGACGGGAUGGCCUGCAGAAGGAGGCAUAUCCCGUACGCAGUCACUCCGUAUAGUGCCGUGGGUGCUGAGCUUCCUCAAGUGGUUGACUUUGCGGCGGCGCGUUUCCCGAGUGCUGGGCGCGACGUCGGCGAUCGUCUGCCUCGAGAAGUUCUCGUAUCCCACCACCUGUCGCUUUGGGCACUCUUUGGCCAAAAGACCCUGAGAAACAAAGUUUUGGGGUACGGGGUCUCCGUUCGAACCCAAAGAAUGAAGGGGGGCGCCAACCAUACGGAAAGUUGGGACAAGCCAACCUUCCUGCGCAUUGCGAUAGUCCAAAAUGGUACCUAUCGUAUGGUAGCAAUGGCAAUCCCGUGCUACCUGACCUAUGAACCUACGGUUUGGCCGUCAAACAUCCUCCUCCCAACCCCGGAUCUUGCAGGAUGGAGUUUGGCGUCUCCCAUUUCAACCACGCGGGAAUGGGUUGGUCCAACAGAGAGUUUUCUACAGAUUGCCAUGCUUGGAAAAAGGUCGGCUGGCUGGGCUGAAUCAACCUUUCGCUUGACAGGAUGGCAUAAGUCAAUACGGGAAUGGCUUUUCAUAUUCGAGCAUUUCGAGCUUCUCUCUUCCACUAGGGCCUUCAAUCUCAACCGUGGUAUCAUCCUCCGCCCCCUUUACCCUGCCCAAUUCGUCUUUGGUUUUGUCUUCCCCUUGUCCUGCCUGACAUCCGUUCCCCCUCCCAUCUCGCUUUUGAUGUCUUGUCCAAAAAUUAGGGAACAGAUCGCAGUAUGGUCUGUCCAUAUUGGCGAUGACGAGGAAGGAACAGGAAAGUCGGAGAGAUGUCGAAUCGUUUUCCUCACGUCAUGGUAA